UGGCGCUUGUGAGCUGUAUGUGCAAAAUCCGCAAGGAAUUGCAGUAAAUUCCUUUUUGUUUGAAGAAAAUUUACAACUUGGUAAUAGACCUUUUUAUGACCUAUUUGCGGUCGUCAUUGGCUGCGGCUGGUCAUGUGCAGGCUCCGCUCGCCUUCAUGGCCUUUUUCCUGAUUUCCCUGGCGAAUUUCCCCCUGCAUUCUGCCUUCCGAGAGCCUCACCCCCUCUUUUUUUUCUAACCUUUGUCUCCGCAGAGGUGUAUUCCAGUCGCUGGGAUGCGUGUGUGCUGAUUUCGGGACGGCUAGCACCAUUAAAAAUCCCUCCUGCUCCCAGCUUCUGGCUGCCUCUCUCUGACUCCAAGCUCUUAGAAGAAUCUAUUGCUGAGCAUCUCGCCACCCGGUGACUAGCAGCUAACCAGCCUGCCAGGCGCCUAUAGCGAGCUUGCACCGCAGUCCAAGGUUUUUAGUCCACUCCAGACUCUACCUGUUUGCUCCUCGAUUAUUUUUACUUUCCUCCUUUUAUCCUUUUUUUUUUUUUUAAGAUAUUAUUUGGUUUCUGGUGAUGGGAUUGUAUUCAUCCCAAUGCCUAAUGGAUUACAGCAGCAGCCGGGGUGUUUCUCCACCUUCUCCUCUCCAAAUAUCGGGUUCGAAACAAUGGAAAGACGUCUACUGUAAGUACCCUUUUAUUUCUACCUCCUCACCAAAGUUUGAAUUGCUAGAAAAUGUGAACUGUUAAAUGCUUUUGGAAGAGUAAUACAUCCGGGAGGAGGAAUGAAGCUUGCCUCUCCUGCACUGGGGUAAAUAGGGUAACUUGAAUCGUGGAGCAUGAGCUGCUUUGAACCUGUUGUUACUGGACUCUUUAGCAAUCACCUAUGACAUGGAAACUUGCAACUGAGUUUUCUUCCAAGCACUUACUAUCCAGCACAGGUGGUAGGUGGCAUCUUAAACUCCUUUAUAAGUGCUUGAAACUAAUUAACAGUGUUACCCUGUUAACAUGCUAGAGUGAUGCAGCGCCUCCCUGUGCGAACACUGUAAUCACAGAAUUAAAUCAUAAGACUUUCACAACAACCGGACCACUCCUCCUUUAACCCUACGCCCAACUGCCUUUCUUUUCCUUUAAAAGAGUCCCUAUUACUCUUUCGUCGGGCUCUUCUGGUUUAGAAACACAUCUGCAGAGGAAGGAAUAUAUUAAUGGGCUUUUCAUAAAUAUGGCUUAUAGACAUUUUGGGAUGCUAGGGGGCGGGGUGGCUGUUAUUAUCAGGUAUGUUGUUAGACUGCCCAUCCAGUUUCCAUAAAGCAACUGAAGAUACUCCCAAUGCUUUAAGAAAAAUGAAUGGACCAAAUAGAAUGUAAGGAAAGAAUGGGGGCAACCACUGUUAGGGUUUAGGUGCUGUAAUUUUGGUCGCCCCGGAGUUGGCUAUUCCACACGAGAUCACCAGAAUUUCUGAGGCCUCCAGUUAGGUCUUCUUUAGAAAAUCUUCAUUUAGAUUAGGUUUAAGGAUUUUGUUUCUAUUUUUAAGGAAAAGGAAAGAGAAUGCAGUCUUGAUAACCUAAGAUUUCAUUAUAAAAUUCCUGCUAAUUUUUGUCUAAGAGGAAAAUGAAGUUUGCAAAAGAUAAGUUCUUCUCAGAUACCCAUCUUUCUAAUUAAACAGUUUCUAUCCUUGACGAUAUAGAACAAAGAAAUUAUAUGUAUAUAUAUGUACACACACAUAUAUUACAUAUCAACGUAAAUGUAUAAUAUACAAACGUUUUCACAACCCACAGAAAGGCAGAUUUCCUGAUAAUCGAGUUGUUUUCAAGCAUCACGCCAAGCUUAUCCUUUCGCUGCAGAUUCUGCUCCCUGAUUUUUCCCGUUUUACAAGAUGUCCUUGAUGAAAUUAAAUGACUCUCUUUGCUCUGUGGUUUAACAUUCUCUUUCAUAGGUAACCUUUUCCUUGCUUUCCUCCAUGCUGAACUGCAGAUUAUGCUCUUGGCAGAUGAGGCUUGGGCUUCCCUUAUGUUUCUGAAUCACUUUCCCCCUUUUUCCAAAUCUACAUUUAGCAUACCGAUUAUGAAUACUAGCACAAAAAGCCUGUUAGAUCAAAAGCAUUUGUGUGGGCAGUUGAACAGGAGGUGACUAUUUAACGCUUUUGUUCAUCAAUAACUCUCUGGCUUUGACCUGUCUGAGCAAGUCGUGCAGUAAGGUGAAAUGCAGGUCACAGCGUCUCACAAAUAUGAAAAUGUACCGGAUUUCUCCUAUUGCCUAGCCCAUUGGGUCCAUCUCUCUCGGUUUUUCUGGAUGAGAUCAAGAAUCCUCGUUGCCCAGUAAAGGAGUCAAAUGUAGACAAUCUAUUUAAUUUUGGAGAUUGGGGAAGAGGGGGCUGCCUAAGAGAAAUCAGACUGGCUCAGUGAAGUGGGGGAGAGCCUUCUUCAGAAACAUUAAGCAGAAGAGAAGGAUCAUCAGCAUUAAAUCCCUAAAACUGCAAAACAAAGAGAUUCUAAGGUCAUAUACUUAGUUGACAAAGACAAAAAAAUACAGGGAGGUGAGAGUAGGUGGAGGACAGUUUUCAUCCAAGCAGGAACAGGCGCAAUAGUCUAAGUAACUGCUUCUCGCACCUAACCCUUACUCCCUUUUCCCAUCCAAGGGCAGUGUUUUAUAUAUUUCAAAGAUUUAAAAAAGAAAAAGAGAAAGAAAAAUCUCGUGCUUAUAACCCUGUAUAGAAAAAAAUUCAACAAGGAUGGGCCAUCUUUCUUGUUCUGAAAUCCAUCCUCCUGAAUGUCCUUUUUCCCUACUUGAAAACCCGACCGGAGCUGAGGGAUUGAUCCCGGGACAACACUGAGAAGUUGGGGCAGGCGCAAUUCAUGAACUUUUGUACUCUUGUGUGCUGCUGUCGACAAAGCAAAAAUAAUGAAACUUUGUGAUAUGUUUGUAAAUGAUUUCGAAUGACCCCUAGCCCUGCCCUUCACCAUAAACGCUAUCCCACUAAACCUAAGGACAUUUGCCUGAGCAAAGCAUUCGACCCUAGGUUUACUGCCUGAAGUUGGACAGGAUAAAAGAAAGGCACUCUAAUGACGAGAAGGUAACGGAACCAAUUUUGUUUUGUUUUGUUUUUCUGAAAACUAACUUUAGCUUCCAAGCCAAUUUUUCUUCAGCUAGGGGGAAGGGGCUGGUGGACGCGCUUCUCGGUUUCCUCUUAUCUCUCCAAAUAGUGUCUGCUUUCUUUCUGAAAAUGUUACUUAGGGAGAUUAUUCGGAUGGCCACGAGUAGGGGAAAAUCUGUCAAUUCCAGAAUGGAUCAUCAUUAUUAAUAUUAUUAUUAUUAUUCUUUCUUCAUUUUUUCCUUAGAAGAGCUCCAUGAAGGUUUUAAAUCCCACUCAGGUUUUCCUCAGGCAGAGAAGGAAGGGUAUUUGAAUUAGUCGCUGUAAAUUGUCCUUAAGUCUUAAAGAGUAUUUCAGCAAACUGUAGACUACCUGAAUGUCAGUUUCAGACUAAUUUCAAUGAAGGAUGGCAGGCUUUGGUCAGUAUAGAAUAGUUUUGAUUUAGAAAGUAAGAUGAAUCAGAAAAAAAAAUGCAGUGAUCCUGGCAGAUUACAUGGUAGAUGAUAACAGAAUGUUAUUACGUUGUCUAUAUAUACCCUGUAGAACCGAAUUUGUGUGGUAUUUACAUAGUCACAGAUUCGAUUCUAGGGGAAUAUAUGGUCGAUGCAAAAACUUCACAUUUCUGCAAAUGGUUAAAAUUAUAAAUGUCUGGGGAUCCGAAAUGAAAUGCAUGCUACUUUAUUGGAGAUUUUAUCCAAGUCAUACUAGCUCCGUCUUAUUUACUGAUACCUUAGGACAUGGAGAAUAUGGAUUAAUGUUGGUGAAUUAUAGAUCAGCUUAAAAAAUCUGGUCAUUGUAAAACUGAGUCACAUGGUAGGUCUGGACGAUCUGAAAACUAGUUUGAUAAAUGAAUAAUUCUAAAAAAGGGCACUUAAAAAAGAAUUGAGAGGGUAGAUGUGAAGAAUUUUCCUGGCUACUUUUUUUUUUUAAGCUCCUGGAUUAUCUGCAAAGUAGCACGGGAGGUAUCAGCUUGGAUUCACUUCUCAAGGCAGGCGGAUGGGCAUGCGGGAAGUUUAUAUGAUUAAAUUUGGGAUGCUUUCCUGGGAUGGUGUUACGCAGUCUUCAAUGUAACUGCUUGUAACUUCAAUCGUAAAGAAGUGGGGAGGGGCGGGAUGGGGGAGAUAAUUCGCAGCACAAACGAGAGUUGUCCUGCUUUCUGUGUGAAUUUCUGUAUGGGGACCUGCUAAGUGCAUUCGGAGUUACUGAUUGCCUAAUUUUAUUCAACCGAACUAGAUUCUGGUAACUUUUGGGUGACCCCGGAGAGACAAAGCCAAGACACAUCUAUUGUACAUCAUAUUCCCCUUCUGUUUGAUGGCUUUUCUUUGGGCGUGGAGUCUUUCUUCCAGUUCUCCCUCUGCACGUUUUCCCCAAUGUCUUGAUGUCACCCCCAUUCCCAGACUCAAUCCCUUUAGCAUACAGUUAUAUAUUCUGACUGGUUGUUUUAUUUACCACUGUAACGCGAAGGGCCGGGGAAUGAUUUCUGGGGGAUUAGUGGAAAGGGCAUGGAAGGUUAGAAAAGUCAGUUUCAAACAAAAGCUCGGAUUACCUGAGGGGCAAAGGAGAUGAGGGUUGGAGUGAUGAAUCGUCCUACCAUAUUAACAUCUGGCUGGGAAGACCAAAUGCAUAGAGUGGAGUCACUUGAUUACACGUAUAUUAUUUAGUUAAAUUUGUGAAAAUUAUGAGAUGCUCACAAAUCCGGUGAUAAACUUCCUCCUUCGCUAUUGGCUGGGGCGGUCACAUGGCCCCCUAACUUUAUUCAGUUGACAGCAAGUAGGAGGGCCCUAUGGAAGGAGAAAAAAAGACAACACGAGAAAAAUUAGUAUUUUCUACCUUCAGAAAUUAAUGGCCAUGAGUUCGUAUAUGGUGAACUCUAAGUAUGUGGACCCCAAAUUUCCUCCUUGUGAGGAAUAUUUGCAGAAUAGCUACCUAGCUGAGCAGAGCUCAGACUAUUAUAGUGGCUCUCAGGGUUCGGAUUUCCAGCAUCAGGGAGUCUACCCACGGUCAAACUACAGCGAGCAACCCUUCAGCUGUAGCAAUGCCCAAGGCUCUACGGUGCCUCCGCGGGGUCAUGGACAGGAGCCAUCGGGCCCGGCGAGCCACUACCCGGGCCAAGGGGAGCAUUGUCCCCCGCCUCCAAUUCCCAGUUCCCGGGCCUGCAGCCAGCCGGCCAGCCUCAAGCAACCUCCCAACGGGACGGCCCUCAAACAACCCGCUGUGGUGUACCCCUGGAUGAAGAAAGUGCAUGUAAAUUCCGUGAACCCUAAUUACACCGGAGGGGAGCCCAAGCGAUCCAGAACAGCCUACACAAGGCAGCAAGUCCUAGAACUGGAAAAGGAAUUCCAUUUUAACAGGUAUCUGACGAGGCGUCGUCGGAUCGAAAUAGCCCACACUCUCUGUCUCUCUGAACGCCAGAUCAAGAUCUGGUUUCAGAACCGUAGGAUGAAAUGGAAAAAAGACCACAAACUGCCCAAUACGAAGGGCAGGUCUUCCUCGGCUGCCUCGAACCAGCAUUUACAGCCCGUGUCCAAGGACCAUCACACUGACUUGACGACUUUAUAGAGGAGAUCCUCCUCCUCGGAUUAUCAAGAGAAUCCUGAAGAUCCUACAAAAAGAGUUAAAGACAAAAUUCAAGGGGGAAAAACGUAAUC